AUGGGUAUCAAAAACCUCUACCAAGUGAUCUCCGAAAAUGCUCCCGAUGCGAUCAAGACGGGAGAGAUCAAGAACCACUUCGGCCGCAAGGUCGCCAUUGAUGCUUCCAUGAGCAUCUACAGUUUCCUGAUUGCGGUACGAUCCGAAGGCCAGCAGCUAAUGAGCGACACCGGCGAAACAACCUCGCACUUGAUGGGUAUGUUCUACCGGACGCUGCGCAUGGUCGACAACGGCAUCAAGCCUCUGUACGUCUUCGACGGCGCCCCGCCCAAGCUGAAGUCCGGCGAGCUAGCCAAGCGAGGUGCGCGCAAGGCCGAGGCGACCGAAGCGCAUGAGGAGGCUAAGGAGACCGGUACCGCGGAAGAGGUCGAGAAGUUCUCGCGGCGGACGGUGCGGGUGACGCGCGAGCACAACGCCGAGUGCAAGCAGCUGCUCAAGCUGAUGGGCAUUCCCUACAUUGAUGCGCCGACUGAGGCGGAGGCGCAGUGCGCUGUGCUGGCACGUGCGGGGAAGGUCUACGCCGCUGCGUCGGAGGAUAUGGAUACCUUGUGCUUUGAGACGCCGAUUCUGCUGCGCCACUUGACGUUCAGCGAGCAGCGGAAGGAGCCGAUUCAGGAGAUUCACUUGAGCCGGGCGAUGGAGGGGCUGAACAUGGAUCGCGCGCAGUUCAUCGAUCUCUGCAUCCUCCUUGGCUGCGACUACCUUGAGCCCAUCCCCAAGGUGGGCCCCCACACAGCGCUCGCCUUGAUCCGCGAACACGGCAGCCUGGAAAAGGUGACCGAGUUCAUGCAGAACGACCCGAAAAAGAAAUAUGUGAUCCCCGACGACUGGCCCUACCAGGACGCGCGCGAGCUGUUCGCCCACCCCGACGUCCGCGAUGCCAACCACCCCGACUGUGACUUCAAGUGGGAGGCGCCCGACGUGGAGGCCCUGGUGGAGUUCCUGGUCACGGACAAGGGCUUCAACGAGGACCGGGUGCGCAACGGCGCGGCGCGCCUGCAGAAGAACCUGAAGAGCGCGCAGCAGUCGAGGCUGGAGGGCUUCUUCAAACCGGUUGCGCGCACGGACGAGGAGAAGGCCAGCCUCAAGCGCAAGCACGAUGAGAAGCUGCAGGACCAGAAGAAGCGCAAGAAGGACGAGGCCAAGGCCAAGAAGGAGGCCAAGUCGAAGCCGCGUGGUGCGAACUAG